UAAAAUAUUGCAGCUGGGUCCCCUCCCCAUUGAGGAAGUUGGGGGAAAAAAGGCUCAACAAGGUCGAGAUUGUUCUCAGUAACUUACUGCUCCGGUCCGCGCCGCUCCUGUCAGGCUGCUUCUCAUGAAUUCCGGCUGAUGAAUGUGAAAGAAAAGAGCUUUUCCGAGGAUUAUUUACAGUAAAGGAUGUCAAUGAGGCCUCGCAACAGGGAGAUCUGCGCUGACUGCAGCGCCCCCGAGCCUCGUUGGGCCUCGAUCAACAGGGGAGUUCUGAUCUGUGAUGAAUGCUGCAGCAUCCACAGGGGCCUGGGCCGCCACAGUUCUCAAGUCCGCCAUCUGACCCACACGGCGUGGCCCCCAUCCCAGUUACAGAUGGUUCAGACGUUGUACAGUAAUGGAGCGAAUUCAAUCUGGGAGCACAGUCUUCUCGACCCCUCGUCCAUCAUGAGCGGAAAACGUAAAGCGAACCCCCAGGACCGAGUGCAUCCCAACAAAACAGAGUUUAUAAAGGCCAAAUAUCAGAUGCUGGCUUUUGUUCAUCGGAUGCCAUGUCGUGAGGACGACAGCGUGACUGCGAAGGACCUGAGUAAGCAACUGCAUUCAAGUGUGCGGACGGGUAAUCUGGAGACGUGUCUGAGGCUGCUGUCGCUCGGAGCGCAGGCUAACUUUUUCCAUCCAGAGAAAGGGAACACCCCGUUACAUGUGGCGGCUAAAGCUGGUCAGCAGCUCCAGGCGGAGCUCCUAACGGUGUACGGGGCAGACCCUGGUGCUCCAGACAGCAGUGGAAAUACACCUAUUGAUUAUGCAAGGCAAGCAGGGCACCAGGAUCUGGCAGACAGGCUGGUGGAGAUCCAGUAUGAACUGACAGACAGACUAGCGUUCUACCUGUGUGGAAGAAGGCCAGAUCACAAGAACGGGCAGCACUUUAUAAUUCCUCAGAUAGCAGACAGCAGUCUGGAUUUGUCAGAGCUGGCUAAAGCUGCGAAGAAGAAGCUCCAGUCGCUCAGCAAUCAUCAGUUUGAGGAGCUGGCCAUGGAUGUUUACGAUGAAGUCGACCGCAGAGAGACCGAUGCAGUUUGGCUCGCUACUCAAAACCACAGCACUCUGGUGACUGAAACCACUGUGGUUCCUUUUCUGCCUGUUAACCCUGAGUACUCCUCCACCCGAAACCAGGGCAGGCAGAAGCUGGCGAGGUUCAACGCACACGAGUUCGCCACACUUGUUAUCGACAUUUUGACUGAUGCAAAGCGGCGUCAGCAAGGGAAUUCCCCAGACAACGUCAAAGAUAAUGUGGAGCUGAUUCUGAAAGACAUUGGCAGCCGCCAUGGGAGCGAGAGUCAGGAGCUGGAUCAGCCUGACUACGACAGCGUCGCAUCUGACGAAGAUACUGAGCGGGAGCCAGCCUCUGGGAAAGACGAGCGGACGAAGAGCUCAGAGUCGUCCGACCUAUCCGAUGGACCAAUCACGGUGCAGGAGUUCAUGGAGGUGAAGACUGCACUAAAUGCAUCCGAAGCAAAGAUCCAGCAGCUGCUGAAGGUCAACUGCCACCUGAGUGAAGAGCUGAGGCUCAUGCAGGGCAAGCUUAACUCGCUGCAGAAUGAGAACUCCAGUCUGAAGUGGCAGGGGGGCAACAGCCUGGCUCACCCGCAGGAACCCCAGCGGCGAGUGCCCCCCCGUGGAGGCCGGGCCAUGUCCAUGUACGAAACCGGCUCAGGCUUGAAGCAUUACCAUCCCAGAGGGGACGGUUCCCACCAGGACCCAGGAGGCCUCACCCUCCAGCCACUUCCACCCAAUAUUGGGAAGGGUCCUUCCGUGGCCGCCUCCUCCUCCCUCCCCACCUUCCCCUCCUCCCUGUCCUGGUCGUGGGAUGAGCGAACCCAAAGGGGCUCCAGGGUGGAGGGCCAGAGCAGCGUGUCUGAGAGCGACUACGAUAACACGCCCAACCACGCAGAGCUGGACGACUCUGGGCCAGGGCACAGGACGGCUGGCUGGUCGGGAGAGGGGGUAAUCCCAGAGUUGGGCGACCCUGACGAGUGUGAGCCUGACCCGACACUGCCGUCCACAGAGGACGUCAUCAGCAAGACUGAACAAAUCACCAAGAACAUCCAGGAGCUGCUGAGGGCAGCGCAGGAAAACAAACAUGAGAGCUUUGUUCCCUGUUCAGAAAGAAUUCAUCAAGCUGUGACUGAAAUGGCUACCCUCUUUCCCAAGAGGCCGAGUUCAGAGAUGGUGCGCGGGUCACUGCGCCUGCUGACCUCCAGCGCCAGCCGGCUGCAGGGCGAGUGCAACCGAGCCACGCCGGCCGACUCCUGCCCCGCCGACGCCCAGCUGGUCACCCAGCAGCUCAUUCAGUGCGCCUACGACAUCGCCAAGGCCGCCAAACAGCUCGUCACAGUCACUACCAAAGAGAGCAACUGACCUGCCAGAGGCCUGCUCUUCAUUUCACUCCCUGCGGUUCCCAAUUCUAAUCCUAAAAUAUAUGAUCUGUAUAUUUUAGCGUUUUCCCUUCUCUUUCCCCCCUGUGAAGUCUGAUUACUAGUCUUUCAUGAGUGGGAAAGGGGUGUGAGGGCGGGGAAAACACUUAAAAUGUCCAGAAAAGGAGUCUUUAAGGACAACACUCUUAAAAGAAUAUCUACAGCUCUGGAAAAAAAAAUAGAGACCACCUAAAAAUGACGAGUUUCUUAAAUUUUUACAAAAUUAAAAACCUCUGGAAUAUAAUCAAGAGGAAGAUGGAUGAUCACAAGCCAUCAAACCAAACUGAACUGCUUGAAUUUCUGCACCAGGAGUAAAGCAGCAUAAAGUUAUCCAAACGCAGUGUGUAAGACUGGUGGAGGAGAAGCCAAGAUGCUUAAAAACUGUGAUAAAAACAGGGUUAUUCCACCAAAUUAAAACUUAAAACUUUAUGAAUAUGAACUUGUUUUCUUUGCAUUAUUUGAGGUCUGAAAGCUCUGCAUCUUUUUUGUUAUUUCGGCCAUUUCUCAUUUUCUGCAAAUAAAUGCUCUAAAUGAGAAUAUUUUUAUUUGUAAUUUGGGAGAAAUGUUGUCUGUAGUUUCUAGAAUAAUACAACAAUAUUUUCCAGACAAUGUUUUUUUCCAGAGCUGUAUAUAUAAUAUUGGGUUCUACAAAAUGGUUCUUGGAGUGAUGCCAUAGAAGAGGCUUAGGGUGCUUUCACACUUUCCUUCUUCAAACUUUGAUCCAAACCAAAAUAGCAGGUGUGAGAGAUGCCGAGAACCACAGUCCAAAGAACCAAAAUUUGGUUCGACCAAAAGAGGUGCUCUCGGUCUGGAUCAGUGAACCAGAACCAUGAUCCGGUUUGUCUGUUUUUUUUUUUUUUUUUAGUUUGUUCAGGGUUUUAAACCAAUUACAGAAAAUUGAGGCAGGGUAUCAUCCUUCUUUAAACAAUUAAAGAAGAAAAAGAAAAAGUGUUGUGCCGAAAUCCGACACCCUUUCACACUCAGCAGUAUUAGGACAGCAGAUUACAGUACUGGUGAUUCUGUAUCUACUGUAACUGUAGAUUAUUCCUUAUUAUUUAUAAAGAGAAAAAAAGGAAUGUGAGCGAAAUCUGUUAUACUCUCAUUCUGCUGCGGGAUUAAACCUGCACUCGAAGGGAGUCAGAUUCUGAGAGGGAGACCGAAUUCGGCAUGACACCUGACCUUUAAAAUUCUACAAACAGUUCUACAAUCAGCAUUAGUAUAGAGAGGUUCUUUAUUGGCAUUGCUCAAAGAGCCUAUUGUAGCACCUUUUUAUUUAAUUAAAAAGUAUUAGAAACCAAUGUCCUAUACAUUUUUAAUAGGCGUCCUCCAUCAUUACAAUUUUUACAGUAUCAGUAUUAAGUAUUAUAAGUAUUUUAUGUAUUUUUUUUUAUUUAAAAGACAUUUCCAGUCUGUUUUUAAUUUGUUAACCAAAUUUGAAAUCAUAACUUGUAUUGUAUAACCUAAUAUUUCAAAUGUUGGACACAUUAAUGUGAUGGCAUGUUAACAGGCUGUAGGUUUCCACUGUCGACCAACAUGUAGAUCUGUCUGUACUGCCAUUCUCGCCGCGGCGGCGCCGCCUGUGGCCAAUCAAUCUCUUGUUGUAAUAAAAAAACUCGGCCGUGAUCUGUCCAGUGAGUGAGCACCCAGUAUUCUGGGCCUUUCUGCAUGAAACACCACUUUAUCCCUCAUCCUGUAACUUUUAACAGAUGUGUAGAGCGUCUUUUCAUGUAUGCUUUAGUCUAUAAGCUAUUAUACCUCACAUUUUUAUAUAUAUGUAAAGUAUAUAUAUAAAUACUCAACUGCUCUAACCUCCUGUUAUCAUGUUUCAGAGACCCAAUGCGCACUCUGUCUUGGGCUGGGUCCCAAUUGCCAUUGGAUACUACACACUAAUACUACAGGGUAUAUACUAACUUUUUUAUUUUAUUAAGUGCAGGUUUGGCAGGUUAGUACACAGAAUAUUAAUGUACUAGCUGCUGCCGUUGCCACUGGACUUGCAUAUUUAACUGCCAUUUUUUAAAAAUAAUAAUUGUUCCAGACAUAAGUGUCUCCUCCCCUUGCAUUGUGGGAUAAUAGUGUCUAUUGUAACUACACUUAUCAAAAAUAGAAAACUUCUGCAGUGGAUAUCUGAGUGAAUAUUUAUACUCAGCUCUGACACUUUUAUCUAUACUACGUACUUCAUACUUGAAAACUACUUUGCAUUAGUUAAUAAUUACUACGCUUUUGGGCAAUUGGGACACGCCCAUGGAUUUGGACAAACAUUUGGGUUUAAAGUAAACAUGAAACCUUUCAAAUUUCACAUUUCGUUGUGCUUUUAUUUUAUUUUUUUCUUUCAUGUACUUGCUUUGUGUUUAUACAGGUGGACAGAAGCACCACCCACUAUUGUUUUUCCUCCCCCUCCCCCUUUGUGUUUUUUGUUUACUGUGUUUUGUGCAAUUGUGAAUAGAGAUUCAUCCAAAGGAUAUGUUCACUCGCCUCUAACGUCUCUAACAUCCACCAGCAGUUGCGCUUGUGAUUUUUUCUAUGUGGUGCUAUUAGUUCGUCCUCGUAUUCUCCAGUAUUCUUCUUGUAUAAAUAUAUAAAUGCUGCUAGCUGUCUACUACAUUAUGCAACUAAUAUAAUAAGGUGGUGUUGGCUAAAUCCCAUCCCUUUACUGUUACAACUAGAUAUCUGUUCAAGGCGCAGUGAGUGACUGGGCCGAGUCAACCUCGUACAGGAAUAAGAGAAACCUCGGUUUCGUCUCUGUGAAAACCUUGCCAUUGAGUAUAAUAAACCAGAAUUUAUAACAUG